AUGUCAGUAACCCCAGCGUCUUACGCUCGGGAGCGUCCCGACAGGAGUGGGAUCGAUCUACCAAUCAUUGCCGAACCAGAGGCAGAGGCAGAGGCAGAGGCAGAGGCAGAAGAGCGCGGUCGUCUGAAGCGGCGCCGGAUGUCCUCACACUCCCCUGCUCGAGCUGCCUCACCUUCUCGAGGGCACGACCGUGACAGCGGCUCUCGGCACCGACACCACCACCGCAACCACCAUCGCGAUUCUGAAUCAGCAAGUAUGACACCACCCCCCUCCGUGCAGAAGAAGCAAAGACGACGCAGCGACGCCGAGCCUGAUCAUACGUUCCGAGGGCGAGCUCGCAAUCGCAGCCGCAGCCGAGAGCGGACUGGAAGCCCGAUAUUCGAAGACGAUGACGACGAUGCAGGCGAAGAGGAAGUGAGAGAGCUCAGGAAGAGAGCGCAGCCGCCAAGCCGCCCUAGAGCGGACGCUGAAGAGGACGAGGGUGAGCUGCGCAGGCAGAGAAGUUAUUCCCACCUGCACCGGAAGGACUCGAAGAGUGAAGUGGAGAAGAGCGACGCCAAACGCCCGCAUCCCCUCAGACAGGAGCUCUGA